AUGAUAAAAUAACCUUUUUAGGUACCUUAGACAAUCAAUGACCUUAAGAUAUUUUGCUAUUUUUCAAUUAAAUUAUUUAAAAAUAAAGAUUAGAUAAAAUAAGUUCUUAGUGUCUAACUAAUUAAUGAAUAAAUCCUAGAACUGGUUUAAUUAACAAAUAACUAACAACCUAAACUAGAAUAGGAUUGA